UUGCGCGCUCUCGUCCAGCGUGUAUCGCAGGCGUCGGUCUCCAUUGACGGCGAGAUUACCGGCAGCAUUGACGCUGGAUUAGUGAUACUCGUUGGCAUCCACGAAGACGACGAUGAGGAAGACGUCACUUACAUCGUCAGCAAAACCCUCAAUCUUCGAAUAUUCAGCAAUAACACUGGCGGUGACGAAGCCGGCAGAUUUGACCGCUCCGCGCUCGACAUCCACGCCAACCUCCUGGUCAUAAGCCAGUUCACACUCUACGGUGAUACUCGCCGCGGACGGCGCCCUAGUUUCAGCCAUGCGAUGCCGCCGGAACCCGCCGCUGCGCUCUUCGACUGUACUCUGCGCCUAUUCGAACAGACAGGGCUCAAUGUGCAGACUGGGCAAUUUCAGGCUCAUAUGCUCGUUUCAAUCCACAACGAUGGGCCCGGUUUCCAUCAUGAUAGACUCUGCUGA